AUAUGUAUUAUGGUGUAUAUACAAUGAUAUACUUGUGCGCCUUCCUCUGAUGCCGCUACGCAUAUUGUAAUCGACAUUCGUCGCCGUAAGAACAUUAAAUUUGCAUAAGAGUUGAAAUUUAUGAAUAAUUUGUUAUUGGUAUUAUACACCAUAGAAUAUAAUUAAGAAGAGAAGUGGAAAAAAGAUUUACAUAUUAUUCUAUCUAACUUCAGUGUUAAUUGAUAAGCAACUACUGCAUACGCGACGGAAAUAGAAAACAUGAGUUUGCCCUUCACAUGUAUAACCUGCCGUGUGGCUUUUAAAGAUCUCGAGAUCCAAAGACAACAUUAUAAAUCCGAUUGGCAUCGAUAUAAUUUAAAAAGAAAAGUAGCAGAUUUGCCACCCGUUACGGUAGAAGAUUUUCAAAAAAGGGUUAUUGCCCAACGUAACCAAAAUGAUAAGUCACUAGAAGAAAAUAUGUAUUGUGGAGUGUGUGGUAAAACAUUCAGCACCAAAAAUCAAUAUGUAAAUCAUUUAUCAUCUAAGAAACAUAGAGAGAAGUUAUUAAAAUUAGAUAUACCUUAUUCUGGAUCCGAAGAUGAGAGUACGGUAGAUGAUUCAGCUUUAUCAGCUUCUGUAAUAUCUUCUAUCUCAAAUGCUACAACUGUUAAAACAGCUGAAAUUGGUAAUCAUAGUCAAAGAACUGUAGACGAUAUGGAUAUUGAUUCUGAUGUUGAAUCUGUAGAUUCUGAUGAAUGGAUUGAAGAUACAGAUAAUCCUAUCAAGAAUAACAAUUGUUUGUUUUGUAAAAAUCACAGUCGAUCCAUAGUACGAAACUUGAGACACAUGACAAUGGCACAUUCCUUUUUUAUACCUGAUCCAGAAUAUUGUAUAGAUAUCAAAGGUUUGCUUACUUAUUUAGGAGAAAAAAUAUAUGCUAACUAUAUGUGCAUUUGGUGUAAUGAUACCGGAAAAGCAUUUCAAAGCGUCGAAUCAGUCAAGGCACAUAUGAUCGACAAAGGUCAUUGUAAAAUGUUGCAUGAGGGUGAUGCACUUGUAGAAUAUGUACAGUUUUAUGACUACUCUUCUAGUUAUCCUGAUGUAGAAACAUCAGAUCCAGAUGCAGAAGUUGAAAUACCUGAACUAGAUGAUACUGAUUAUCAACUAGUUUUACCAUCUGGUAAUGUGAUUGGUCAUCGAUCUUUAAUGAGAUAUUACAAACAAAGUUUAAAUCCAAAUAGAACCGUUGCUAUAUCUAAAAACGAUAAAUUACGUAAUAUAAUAUCACAAUAUAAAGCUUUAGGAUGGAUCGAUACAAAGAAGGAAAUAGCUGUUAAAAAAGCUAGAGAUAUUAAAUUUAUGCAAAGAAUACAAGCUAAAUAUACUUUGAAAUUAAAUUUGAAAGCAAACAAGUUACAACAGCACUUUAGACCACAAGUUAAUUUUUAAAUGUGACUCAAAACAGAUCAAAAUUAUUCAAUUAUAUGAUUCACAGCUAUGUAAAUGAAAUAUGUACUAUUGGUAUAUGUAGCUAUAUGCUUUAUCAACUGUAAUUAAUUUACAUUUUGUAAAAAUGUAAUUAUUAUUUAAAUUAAAAUAAACAUUAUAAUUCUCA